AGGGCACAUGCUCGAAUAAGCGAGCGCCUGCCAAGCGUCGAGUUGAGGAGCCUAUACCGCAAGCACGAUGCAGAGGUUGUCCCAAGCAGCAUUUCGCAUGUGGGCUCUGGCCUGCAUGGCCACGUGCGUAAUCAUCAACGUGCUGUCUCAGGAUCUUCCGAGCAGCACCCCCGAUGCCAAGCAGGCCAUGGAAUACUUGCAGAAAUUUGGUUACAUAUCGAACGGAAGAAUCAAAGUCGAGAAUGAAAUGGGGAAAGCAAUCAGUGAGUUCCAGCAAAUGGCAGGACUCAGGGCAACCGGCCUGCUGGACGAGGACACAGUGGCGAAGAUGGCACAGCCACGCUGCGGGGUGGGAGACACGCCCAGGGACAUCACGUUCGCGUGGAAUGGGGAUGUGAGCCGGAGGAAGAGGUCAUCCGGUUACACGCAUAGUGGGGGCCGGUGGCGAAAGACGACCCUCGCGUACUACUUCCUGAACCUGACGCCGGACCUGAAGGGGAACGAGGUGAAGAAGAUCAUCGCGCGCGCCUUCCACGACUGGAGCCGGGUGACUCCGCUGCGCUUCUACGAGACCCCGACCUCGCGCAGGGCCGACAUCCACAUCCAGUUCAGCCGCUUGGAGCACGGAGACUACGCGCCCUUCGAUGGGCCGGGCCGUGUGCUGGCGCACGCGUACUUCCCUGAGGACGGCCGCGCACACUUUGACGAGGACGAGCAGUGGACCGAGGGCACCGCGCAGGGAAUGAACCUGCACAUCGUGGCGGCACACGAGUUCGGUCACCUGCUCGGCCUCGGGCACUCCAAGGAGCAGGCGGCCCUCAUGGCGCCCUUCUAUAUGGGAUACAGACCCAAAUUCCGUCUGCACGCGGACGACAUCGCGGGCAUACAGAGCCUCUACGGUCGCAGCACAUCAGCGUUGGAUGGUGGCGAUUAUGAUAAUGAUGAGGAGCUAGCUCCUACAAGAAGCCCGAUUCCCCAUGACGUCCCGGACCCAUGCACUGCUCAGCUGGACGCUAUCACCAUGGGGCCGGAUGAGAGGACGUACGCGUUCAGCGGUGCAUACUUCUGGGUCGUGACGGACACGGGCGUGCAACAGGGCUACCCAGUUGCCACCAGCAGCCUGUGGCCAGGCCUCCCUGCCGGUCUCAGCGCCGCAGCGCACUCCAAGCGCACCGGACGCACCUUCUUCUUUGCAGGGAACAAGUAUUGGCGAUACCGUGGUUUUGCAAGUGAUCCUGGAUAUCCCAAGUUGAUGUCCAGCACUGGGCUUCCCAGCAAUGUCGAUGCAGCCCUCAUCUUUCGGGGCAGGAUCUACGUGUUUAAGGGCGGCGAGUACUGGCGCUGGGACGAAUUUCAAGAGCGAGCCGUGCCCGGGUACCCAAGGAAGAUGGCAACCACGUGGCACGGCGUGCCCUCGUCCCCCGACGCUGCGCUCACCUGGCGCAAUGGCCAUUCCUUCUUCUUCAAGGACGGGCGCUACUGGCGCAUCGAUUCGCAUUCGCGGCGCACGGAGCCCGGCUACCCGAGGGACACGGCGGCCGUCUGGAUGGGAUGCUCACGUUCCCUCAAGCAGCACGAUGUCGUUUGGGAUGACGUCGGGACGACGAUGGUGCAUUGGGAGGCUUCGGCCUCGAUGAAUUCUCUCGGGAACAGAGGGAAUCUGACAAUGGCUUUUGAGGGGGGAUUAUGAUUUUGAUUUUAAUUACCAUGAUUUAAUACCACGCUUUUUUUAAUAGAGCACCAGUAAUCAGCGAUUCUGACGUGAUUUUUUAUUGUAAUUGAUCAAUUUUAUACAAGUGAUUUAAAAAAAUAAUCUCCGCUGUACGCUCGGUUAAAAACAUGUGAAUAACGUUUCAUAAACACUGUUACCAAAAACAUGUUAAUCCGACGUGCUAUUUCACUGCUUCCUGAAAUUAAUUAAAAUGUAUCAUUUAAACACUUCUAUGUUUUCACAACUAUAUGAACUGAAUCCCAUUCUCGAACAGUUGUACUAAAUCAAUUUGUGGGUUUAAUGUAAAGUUGAAAGCUACACUGCUAUUUUCAAUGAAUUUUACACAUAUAUUGCAUCGUAUAUUCAUCAAACUUGGAUUUCAGUUCCCUUUUGCCUUAAAAAUACCCAUAAACCUGGGUAGACACCAUGAAACAGAAAAGUCCAUGGCAGCCUUCCCCAUUCAUAAAUCCCCUGUGCUAUGGUGCCCCACAAGCUCCUAUCAUCAGCCUUCUGCUCUUCUCAACAUAUUUUAACUUGGCAAAAUCAUCUUCAGCUUUAAUGUCAUCCAUCUAUUCUGUGAUGAUAACAUUCCACUUCUGCAUCACCAUUCACUCCAUUAACCCAACCUCACUGUCCACUCUCAUAUACUGCCAUGACACAUUCUCAUCUUACAUGGUUACUAACUUCCUUCAGCUAAAACGUCUCGCAGAACCGAAAUACUCCAUGCCUUAGCGGUCGCGUGUUAGUCACUUGUUGCAGGGUUCACAGUUCGAAACCCAGCGCCGCAAUCAUCGCUGCAGGUGUCUGCUUCACAGUCAGAUCAGCACAGUUGGCUACAUACAGUGCGAAAUAAGCUAAACAUACUAACAGUCGACGUUAAGGAUCUAUUGACAUCCUUUGCAAGACUAGGGCGCUCUGUGCCGGUGGCGGGGUCCAAAUUUUGGAAAUUUGAAAUUACCCGCAAAUUACUCAUUUAGGAUUAUAUAUGGCACGUGUCGCCUCCUACUGGAAGAUUAAUUCACAAGGUUACUCUUGCAAAUCCUGAUCCUGAUCACUUGAUUUCUCACCUGGUUUAAACAAAAUAAACGUGAAACUUGAACUCCUU